UAUUAUAUCAUACAAAUGUACAUCAUUGAGGUGUAUAAGACUUCUUCAACUUUCAACUUCAUUUUCAAAAUAUUCGUGGUUGAAGAUAGAUCGAUAUAUACAAUCUCGAUCUCUCUUCUUUCUGUCCGUCUCUCUCUACCAUGGCUAGGGUUUUUCCUCAAGCAGGCGUUUCUUCACCAUACAUGAGUAUGGAGAGAGAGACUUUCACGGUUUGGAUGAAGUCUCUGGUUUAUCAAACCAAUGGUCUAACGGUUUACAAUUCCAAUGGAGAGAUUACGUACCGGGUCGAAAACUAUGACAAAUCUAGCAAUGAAGUGCACAUCAUGGAUCUCCAUGGAAAUAUUCUUUUCACCAUCCGAAAAAAGAAAUUAUGGCUCUUUGGGAGUUGGUGUGUGUAUAAAGAAUGCGGGACGCUGUCAAGCACUGAGGAAGUAAAACCUUUUGUCAAGAUCAAAAGGUCUUGUAGUAGAGAUGGAGAUUGGGAAGUUCGAGAUGAGACCAAUGAAGUCUUUUGGAUUUUAAGAUUUGACCCCAAAUUUGUUUUUCAGAUUAUAGACGUCAAUGGAAACAUCAUUGCAAAGGUAAAACCAAAACAAUCAUCAAAUGGAGUUACAUUGGGGGAAGAUGUGUUAACUUUGGAGGUGAAGCCACGUAUCGAUCAUUCACUCGUUGUAACACUUGUCACGGUAUAUGGACUGAUUAAAGGAAUAGUUUAAAUUUUGUUUGAAUUUCAUAGAGAAUUUUAUAUACAAGAUAGUAAUUUUUCCAACCAUGUUUGUGGUGUGGGAGAUGUAAAUAUUGUCAUUUUUGCGAGCCUUGAACUUUUUGCUUUGUUUAUACUUUGCUAAUGGUUUUAAUUAAAAC